CGUGCGGCGGCCGACGGACGAGCAGUGCGCGGAGGAGGAAGGCGGAGGCGGCGUGCGGUAGCCGGCAAGCGGCGGUGGCGCCGCGCGGCAGUAGGGCGGGUGACGCGGCGCUGCACGGACGGACAGACGGAGCCUCGCGGAGCCAAUGGCUACUCGAGGGGGCGGCAUGGCGACGGAGCGAGCGCGCGCCUUCUGGCUGGCGCGCGACCGCCUGCCCGAGGACGGAGACGCGAAGGCGGUUGCGGGGGCGGAGGCGGAGGUGAAUGGAGGCGGCGUGCACUCCUCCACGCUGGGGCGGCAGGUCAACGGCUGUGAGCGACCGGCGCCCUGGGAUGCACACGCGUGGGCGGGACUUUACUGCACGCUGCGCGACAAGCGCCGGGGCCGGUCGCGGACGCCUGGAGGGUCGGGGUCGACACCGCCCGCAGUGGUGCACCGCCCGCCCCCGCGCAGCCUCACGCCCUCCAGCCUCACCUCCUCCAGCGGCCGCACCACACCCACGCUCUCCCCGUCGCACGGCCCGUUGUUCCGCAUGGCGUCGAGAACGACAUCGGAAGAGGUGCUAUCAGUCUGUUCCGAUUCCAGCCGCACUUCCGUGUCCCAUUCCUCGCACAGAUUUCGGACUACGUGCUGGAUGGAACCUCGACCCGUACCCGUUCACUAUUCAAGCACGGUGUACAUGAAAGUGGGUUCGACGAAGAAGCGAUAUGUCGAAGAAGUCACCUUCCAGACCCGCCUAGUUCCUAGAAGAUUCUCUGAAAGCAUGACAACGGCCACAACUAUACCUUCUAGACGCUUUACUUCGGUCCUAGAAAUUCAGUGUCUGGCGCCUGCUGUCCAUGUUAUUAAUUUAGAUGACCAUCAGUUAAAUGGCUUAAAUGGUAUGGCAGAUGAACAUGAAGCAUGACUUUGUGAUAAAUAUAAAUUGUUUCAUUAAACUGUGCAUUGUCAGUUUUCAAUCCCGAAUAUACUGAAUUUGUGACAGACAAAGGUAACCUGCAACGCCAAUCUAGUCAUUUUGAUAAAUUGUAAUAAAAUGCAGAAUUGGUCCAGUAGUUUAUACUGUUAAGUAUUGAGCAUUAGCUUGCGAUUUAAAUUGGGUUCAGAACAUAGCAAUGACAGUACUUGUGUAUUGCGAUGAUAGCUUAAACGAUUAAGCUCAACUUGACAGUGCUUUUGCAGUGUAUAAAAAUAUGAAUUUCCAUAAGCGAUAACGAUUUGCUUUCAUGUUGACAUGAACAAAAUAUAAUUUUGUGAAGAAAAUGUAUCCUAAUAAAAUAACAAAAAUGUGAGUGGCUGAUUAUGGUCAGAAAGUUGUUACUAUGCGUUUAUUAUAUUGCAUUUAGAUUUAGGAACUUCAGUAUGUAUAUUAAUUACCUGUAUAACUUUUAUACAAUUAUGCAACACCUUAAUGAAAUUGCCAUGUAAAAUUUUUCUGAGUAAAACAAAUAAUGAUAAUUUUACACAAUUUGUGUUCAUUCCUCCCUGACAUUGAUUAAUUCUUGAUUUCUUAAAAUUAUGC